AUGUAUGUGUUUAAGAGAGAUGGACGCAAGGAACGCGUACAAUUCGACAAGAUCACAGCUCGUGUGUCGAGACUGUGUUAUGGUCUAGACCCCGACCAUGUGGAUGCUGCUGCCAUCACGCAAAAAGUUAUCUCUGGUGUAUACCAGGGUGUCACCACAGUGGAAUUGGACAACUUGGCCGCCGAGACUGCUGCAUACAUGACCGUCACUCACCCCGAUUACGCUGUCCUCGCCGCUCGUAUCGCCGUUUCCAACCUACACAAGCAGACCAAGAAGCAAUUUUCUGCUGUUAUCGAAGAUCUGUACCAUUAUGUCAACCCCAAGAACAAUAAGGCAGCGCCCAUGAUAUCGGGUGAGAUGUAUGAGACAGUUAUGAAGCACGCCGAAGAGUUGAACUCGGCUAUUGUUUAUGACCGUGACUUCAACUACCAAUACUUUGGUUUCAAGACUCUUGAACGCUCCUACCUCCUCAGAAUCAAUGGCAAGGUUGCCGAACGUCCUCAACACAUGAUCAUGCGUGUUGCCGUUGGAAUUCACGGCGAGAACAUCGAGAAAGCCAUCGAGACAUACAACUUGAUGUCACAGAAAUACUUCACACACGCCUCUCCCACUUUGUUCAACGCAGGUACUCCUCGACCACAACUCGCUUCUUGCUUCCUUGUGGACAUGAAGGAGGACAGUAUUGAGGGUAUCUACGACACUCUCAAGACAUGUGCUAUGAUCUCCAAGUCUGCCGGUGGUAUUGGUCUCAAUGUCCACCGCAUCCGUGCCACUGGCUCGUACAUUGGUGGAACCAAUGGUACCUCAAACGGUCUUGUGCCUAUGCUCAGAGUGUUCAACAACACCGCCAGAUAUGUUGAUCAGGGUGGUAACAAGCGCCCUGGUGCUUUUGCUAUCUACCUUGAGCCAUGGCACUCGGAUGUUUUUGAGUUCCUGGACCUCCGCAAGAACCACGGCAAAGAGGAAGUCCGAGCUCGUGAUUUGUUCUAUGCCUUGUGGACUCCUGAUCUCUUCAUGCGUCGUGUAGAGGCCAACCAAGACUGGACCUUGUUCUGCCCUAACGAGGCUUCAGGUCUCGCUGACGUCUACGGAGAAGAGUUUGAUGCUCUGUACGAGAAGUACGAGAGAGAAGGUCGUGGUCGCCGAACUGUCAAGGCCCAGAAGCUUUGGUACGCCAUCCUUGAGGCUCAGACCGAGACCGGUAACCCUUUCAUGCUCUACAAGGACGCUUGCAACAAGAAGAGCAAUCAAAAGAACCUUGGUACUAUCCGUAGCUCCAACCUUUGCACAGAGAUCAUUGAAUACUGUGCUCCUGAUGAGGUUGCUGUCUGCAACUUGGCUUCUCUUGCUCUGCCUACCUUUGUUGAUACUGCUCGUGGCGAGUAUGACUUUGGUAAAUUGCACGAAGUUACUCAGGUGCUUGUACGAAACCUUAACAAGAUUAUCGAUAUCAACUACUACCCUGUGCCCGAGGCCAAGAAGAGCAACUUCCGUCACCGUCCUAUUGCAGUCGGUGUGAAUGGUCUGGCUGAUGCAUUCCUUGCUCUCCGACUUCCCUUUGACUCACCAGAGGCCAAGCAGCUGAACAUUCAGAUCUUCGAGACCAUCUAUCACGGUGCCUUGACUGCCUCCAUCGAGCUUGCCAAGGAGCAUGGCACUUACGAGACCUACGAGGGCUCUCCUGUCUCUCAAGGCAUCUUGCAAUACGACAUGUGGGAGCGCACUCCCACAGACCUCUGGGACUGGGAUUCGCUCAAGGCACAGAUCAGCCAGCAUGGUGUCCGCAACAGUCUUCUCGUUGCUCCUAUGCCUACUGCCAGUACCAGUCAGAUUCUAGGUUUCAAUGAGUGCUUCGAGCCUUACACAUCGAACAUUUACUCUCGUCGUGUCUUGGCCGGAGAGUUCCAAGUUGUCAAUCCAUGGUUGCUCAAGGACCUUGUUGACCUCGGUCUUUGGUCUGACAACAUGAAGAACCGAAUCAUCGCCGACGGUGGAUCUGUUCAGAACAUCCCCAAUAUCCCCGCAGACAUCAAGGCUCUCUACAAAACUGUCUGGGAAAUCUCUCAGCGAUCGAUCCUUCAAAUGGCUGCCGACCGUGGUGCUUACAUUGACCAGUCCCAAUCCCUCAACAUUCACAUGAAGGAGCCUACCAUGGGCAAGAUCACCAGUAUGCACUUUGCUGGUUGGAAGAUGGGCCUGAAGACUGGAAUGUACUACCUGCGUACAAUGGCUGCCAGCGCUCCUAUUCAGUUUACUGUUGACCAAGAACAAUUGAAGGUGGAAGACACGAAUGUCGCUCGCGCCAAUGGCAUCAGCAAGAAGCGUUCGCCAGCUCCAGCUGCCUUUAGCAACUCCUAUGCUUCCGUUCCUCGUCCAAUGUACGACCAGAAGCCUGUCGUUGCUAACGGAAAUGGUGUUCCAGACCCAUUGCAACCUGUCUCGACUUCUCGCGUCAAUGGUGUAGCUCAACCCAUUGAGAUUGCUCAGGACAAGACUGAACCUGAGACUGAAGAAGCUGAAGCCGGCGAGAACGGUGACUCGGAGCAGGACAUCUACGCUCAAAAAGUUCUUCAGUGCAGCAUCGAAAACAAGGAGGCUUGCAUUAUGUGCAGUGGUUAG